CCCCCCACAGCUCCUCGUACCCAUUCCUGCCCAUCCCAUCCCACCUAUCAGCAACACUUAUACUAUCCGCAAUGGUCAGGAGCAAAUUCAAGGACGAGCACCCCUUCGACAAGAGGAAGGCGGAAGCAGAGAGGAUCAGGCAAAAGUACCAGGACCGUAUUCCGGUUAUCUGCGAAAAGGCCGAGAAGAGUGAUAUCCCGACAAUCGACAAGAAGAAGUAUCUCGUCCCCGCUGAUCUCACGGUCGGCCAAUUCGUCUACGUCAUCCGCAAACGUAUCAAGCUCGCCCCCGAAAAGGCCAUCUUUAUCUUUGUCGACGAUAUCCUCCCUCCCACGGCGGCUCUGAUGAGUUCGAUCUAUGACGAGCACAAGGAUGAAGAUGGAUUCCUUUAUGUGUUGUAUGCGUCGGAGAAUACGUUUGGCGAGCUCGAGCAGUACGCUGUCGAGGAUUUCGAGUAGAUCGACCCGCCCCCUCCCCCCCGCUCGACUUCUUCCAUCUCUUUCCCCCCUCAGCUUGGCGAGAAUGGACCCAUAUUUGGACGAUGGGGUGUACUAUCAGGAAGAAGUGAAUACGCGGGAAGAAUGUUGAGCGGGAAGGCGAGAUUUGUGUUUGGGACGGAACUCUUUUUGUGUAUGACUUCUCUCUUUUGUAUUAUUGGAAAUGGAAAUAAACU